AUGGAGGCCAACAAUGCCGUGGAGGGUGGUGCAGUUAGCAACCCUGCUGAAAGCCCGUGGCUCAGCUUGCAGUGGCACAUUAGUGUUUGUGAGGAUUCGCAUGGCUCACGCAAACCAAAGAACAAGACGGUAUCGCUCAACUCGCUUUGGUUCGGCCCGAGGCCUGCAGCGAACGACCUGGAGGGCAAAAGGAAGUAUCGCAAUAAGCAGACUCACUGGUGCAGGAGCUUUCUCAAGAAGAACCGGUGGCCAUUCCGAGCGGUUACCAGGCAAGGCCAAAAACUCCCUUCCGGAUGGCCUGCGAUUGCCGUGAAAGCCGUCAAGGAAUGGAGGGCGCUUCGUCACGGAGGAAUAGACGGUGUGGGAGGACGGGGCACGGCGGGGGCAGCGAGCAGUGCGCCUUCGAAGCCACCUCUGUUGUUCAAGGAGGAGCAGAGCUACAGCAUGGAUGAAACUACUGUGUGGAUGGAGGCCGCUGGCACGUCGAACGUGGCGGUUGAGUACAAAUAGUGUCCUUUGAAUCAUGUGCCUGUCUGUCUUGUCGUUUCUUGGCAUUCCGUGCAAACAGUGGGCAUUAUAAUGCCAUAAUUCUUGCCGUAUACCUUUUCAGUGUCCAGCCAGUAAGGCUAGACGGCGUUGGUAUUGUGCUUAUGCCGCGUUAGAAUUUUCUUGCCAUUGGCUAUCAUCAUUACUGUACUGCAAUACCAAUAUGUUACUUUGUGCGUGAAGAGCUGUCAUUCUCAUCUACAAAAUGGACUUUUUUCGUCGCCUUCGCUGUCUCUAUUGCUUUUUGCUUUUUAUUUUUGUCGUUCGCAGCACACCGGUCAGAAAGAGGUGGCCAUCAAAACCGGUGGAAAGGAAAAGUUGCGCAUGACUGCCGUGCUUGCAGCAAACAUGAAGGGCGGCAAACUCCCGCCGCUGCUCAGCUUCAAGGGCAACCCCACGGCACCGGGAAAACCCCCCGCCGCAAACAGCGUCAAACGAGAGUUCUAAGUGGGCAAGGACAAGAAGGGGGUAGCAUACCCUCAUAGCGUUGUGCACGCCGUGGACACAAGGCGUGGCACACGCAGCGCGUCUUCAGGGAUGUUUGACUCCCCCAAGUAUGGAACCGGCGCCCGGGUCGUGAGGGGGUCCUGGGCAACUACCGUCAGUCGGACACGCUGCUAUCGUGGGACGAUUACACCGUGCACAAGACAGCCCUGUGCAAGGAAGCGAUGCACGAGUCCAACACAACGCUGUUUUUCGUCCCCGGAGGCCUAACGCCCAAGAUCCAGAGCCUUGCGAU